AUGGACGGUCAAUAUAGGCCCAACAGACUGUGGAAGACUAUGAUACAAAGGCUAAGAUUCAAAAUGGUGGCCUGUUGUGGAUCCUCAAUCAAUCUAAUGGUCUCUGACAGUACAGUUUGUGAAGAAGAAGCAGCCCUUGCCCAUGAGUCACACGAAACCGAGGAGGAACUACAGCCCAUGAUGGCUAAUGUGGGCCGUAACAUAGAGGCCAGGGGUAUAAGUUUGGCCACGUUAUUAGCUGCCGAGCGUCAAUUGCGUAAAGUGGGUCCCAGAAAACAUAAGAAGCCGUUGAUGCGAUUAUUCGAAGAAAUUGACGGCGUGGAUUCAAAGAAGGGCAAGUGGUAUAAAGGAGGGAAUGAUAACUUGUGUUGCGUGUGCAUGGUGAGGAAUAGAGGUGCAGCUUUUAUACCCUGCGGGCACACCUACUGUAGAGAAUGCUCGAGAGCGCUGUGGCUCAAACGUGUGCCGUGUCCACUUUGCAACCAUCCGAUCAAUCAAAUCCUUGAUAUCUUCUAA